UGUUCGUAUGACGUAAGGUGACAGAUGAACUUCAGGGUGUGUGAAUGAAAAGCAUCGUUAGCUUCCUGCUGUUUUCACCCCGUGUGAAGGUUUUUGUCCCACAUGAUGAAAGCGUUUGCCCCGCAUGAAGGCUUUUGCCCCGCGUGAAGGUUUCUACCCCGCGUGUCGGGAGUGGGCGGAGGGGCGGACGGAGCCGCGCGGCUGCAGCGCAGAGAGGGCCGCGCCAUGAUCCCGGUGCCCCUGCUGGUGUGCGUGUUGGCCGGCUGGUGUGCGGUGUACCUGACGGACACGCUGUUGCGGUCGUCCACCACGCACCGCGUCAGCUACGAGUCGUGGCUCUCCAGCCGAGGCCUGGUGGUUUCUCCGUUCCAUGUGAGAUGGCAGACCACCGUGUUCAACCGACUGUUCGCGUACUGCGCCCGCAUCCACCCCCCAGCCCUCCACCUGUGGUUCAGCAGUGGCCUCAUGUUCGGCGUCGGCGCCAUGCUGGGCUCGGUGGUUCUACUCAUCAGGACGCUGCAGCAGACAUACGCUCAGAUGACCUCAGACAACCCUCGCAUUGGCGCUCAGCAGGCGCUGCAGGUGGUGGUCCCCGGUGUCAACCUGCCAACUAGCCAGCUGGUCUACUUCUUCACGGCGCUGCUGCUCAGCGGAGUCGUCCACGAGCUCGGCCACGCGGUGGCAGCACUCAGGGAGCAGGUCAGGGUCAACGGGUUCGGGAUCUUCCUGUUUGUCUUGUACCCGGGUGCCUUUGUGGAUCUCUUCACCACACACCUCAACCUCAUCUCACCCGCCCAGCAGCUCCGCAUCUUCUGUGCAGGGGUGUGGCAUAACUUUGUUCUGUGCUUGGCGGCGCUGGCCUUCAUCUUCCUGAUGCCCGUCUUCCUGUUUCCCUUGUAUUCCACUGGAGGCGGAGCUCUGGUCACAGAGGUGGUGCAGGGUUCUGCCGCUGACGGGCCCCGGGGCCUGUCUGUAGGGGACAUCGUGACUGCGCUGGAGGACUGUCCGGUCCGGGGAGUGGAGGACUGGACCGGCUGUCUGUCCCGCCUGUCUCGCCUCCCGCAGAUGGGGUACUGCGUUCCUGUCGCCAGCCUGCAGCCCAGCUGGGCUCAUGGACGAGCCUUCAAGCGUCUGGACGGGACGACGGACUGCUGCAGCAACAGCAGCCUGACGGACCUCUGCUUCUCCUACAGCAGAGCGGCGAGCAGCAGAGAGUACGCCUGCAUCCCUGUGCGUAAGAUGGUGACGGGAACCCGCGUGUGCCGCAGCGACCGCGACUGCGCCGCCCGCUCCAGCGCCGCCCGCUCCAGCGCCGCCAGCGUCUGCGUGACCCCGUCCUUGGAGAACCAGACUCGCUUCAUCCGCGUCACACACCCUCCGAACACGCACAUGCUGUUUGUGGGUUACCCGCCGCACCUGCAGCACGCCGUGACUCUGACCAACUUCAUCCCUCGCUUCAGCUUCCUCCACCUCCACGUCCCCGUUUUCCUGGAGACCUUCUGCAAAUACGUGGUGUCCCUCUCGGGCGCCUUAGCCGUGGUCAACUCUGUGCCCUGCUUCGCUCUGGACGGCCAGUGGAUGCUGAACGCGCUGCUGGAGGCCACGCUGGUCACCGUGGUGACCGACCGUCAGAAGCGAGAGCUGGUGGGCUUCUUCCUGCUGCUGGCGGGCAGCGCGCUCCUGGCAGCAAACGUGGCGCUGGGCCUGUGGAUGGUGACGGCGCGGUAGGUUGGCGAGCACGGCAGCGAUGACCAGCAGACUGUGAACGGACCGGGCUGCAGAACCUUCAGGACCGGAACAACACUGCAAACCUCAGUGAGGAAGCACACUGAGAAUCAGUUUACAGACAUUUUGGAUUUGGUUUCCAAGUGAUUCCAGAAAAGAAAAUGUGGAAAAGCUCCAGAAAAAAGCUUUGCUCAUGCAUGAUUGCAUUUAUUUAAUUACAUAUUUUUGAUCAAAAAUGUUUGUAAAACGCAGAAAGUUUUUUUAAUUAAAGGGGAAUCCUAAAACUGUCUCAUCA